AUGAAUAAUAGCCGAAGUGUUGAAGAUAAUAUUAAAAAUAUUAGAGGCGGUUGGUACAAUACACGACGACAGUACCGAUCGGUUGCAUUUGGUACUUGGAAAGUUGGUGAUGCUCGAGAUUUGUCCAUUAAACGUGGUGUUUCGGAAGGUGAAGGACAAUUAGCUCGGUUAGUAAGAUUUAUCAUUGAAUAA